AUGCGAACACGAAGCGCGAGUCGGGUCGCAAGGCGCAGCUCGGGAACAUCGCGGCGGCCAAGGCCGUGGCGGACAUUAUCCGCACCACGUUGGGCCCGCGCUCCAUGCUCAAGAUGCUGCUAGACGCCACAGGAGGCAUCGUGCUGACCAACGAUGGCAACGCCAUUCUGAGAGAGAUCGACGUCACGCACCCGGCUGCCAAGUCCAUGAUCGAGUUGAGUCGCACGCAGGACGAGGAGGUGGGCGACGGCACCACCUCCGUCAUCAUCCUUGCUGGCGAGAUGCUCCACGUGGCAGAGCCCUUCUUGGAGAAGGGCUUUCACCCCACCGUUAUCUGCAGAGCGUACACCAAGGCGUUGGACGAUGCCAUAGCGGUGAUCGACAAGGUGGCAUUCAAGAUCGACGUCAACAACAGGAAGCAGAUGCUGAGCAUACUGCAGAGCUGCAUCGGCACCAAGUUCACCACCCGCUUCGGCCCCCUCAUGGCUGAGCUAGCACUUGACGCGGUGCAAACGGUGGCAGUGGAGGUGGGCGGGCGCAAGGAGAUUGACAUCAAGCAGUACGCCAAGGUGGAGAAGGUGCCGGGCGGUCGGAUAGAGGACAGUGCGGUGCUGCGCGGUGUGAUGUUCAACAAGGACGUGGUGACUCCCGGCAAGAUGCGGCGCCGCAUUGAGAACCCGCGGGUCGUGCUGCUGGACUCGCCCCUGGAGUACAAGAAAGGGGAGAACCAGACGAACGUGGAACUGCUGAAAGAAGAGGACUGGGAGCAGCUGUUGAAGAUGGAGGAGGAGUACAUAGCGGGUCUGUGUCGCCACAUAGCAGCAUUCAAGCCCGACCUCGUCAUCACGGAGAAGGGCCUCAGCGACCUCGCUGCGCACUACCUCUCCAAAGCCGGCAUCGCAGCCAUUCGUCGCCUCCGUAAAACCGACAACAACCGCAUCGCUCGUGCGGUGGGCGCUACGAUUGUGAACCGAGUGGAGGAGCUGCAGGAGAGCGACGUGGGGACGGGCGCGGGGCUGUUUGAGGUGCGCAAGAUCGGCGACGAGUUCUUCGCCUUCCUCGUGGAGUGCAAAGAGCCCAAGGCGUGCACCGUGCUGCUGCGGGGGGCCAGCAAGGACAUUCUGAACGAGAUGGAGCGGAACCUGCAGGACGCCAUGGGAGUGGCGCGCAAUGUGGUGGUGGACCCUCGCCUCGUGCCGGGUGGCGGUGCCGUGGAGAUGACCGUGUCGGCUGCUCUCAAGGACAAGGCUGGCACCGUGGCAGGCAUUGAGCAGUGGCCGUACCGUGCAGUGGCGUCGGCGUUUGAGGUCAUCCCGCGCACGCUAGCACAGAACUGCGGAGUCAGCGUGAUCCGCACCGUCACUGCUCUGCAGGCCAAGCACGCACAAGGCGCCAACACGUCCAUAGGCAUUGACGGCGACACGGGCGCCCUCACUGACAUGAAGGAGCUCGGGGUGUGGGAGCUGUAUGCAGUGAAGGUGCAGACGGUCAAAACAGCGAUCGAGGCGGCGUGCAUGCUGCAUACCCUUGCAUGCCUUUCUCUCAUCCCCUCCCUGCAUCCCUGCCUCCUUUGGCCCUGCCAGGUGUGGGAGCCGUAUGCAGUGAAGGUGCAGACAGUGAAGACGGCGAUCGAGGCGGCGUGCAUGCUGCUGCGCAUCGAUGACAUCGUCAGCGGGCUCAAGAAGAAGCAGGCGAGCGGCGCACCGGGAGGGGGCAAGCCGCAGAUGGACACGGGCGAUGACGUUGACUCCGAGCAGAUGCUGGCCGAGUGA